AUGUUCGGUGGCAAUGAUCCCUUCGCUGGAAUGUUCAGGCACAUGCAAAGACAAAUGUUUGAAAUGGACAGAGUUUUUGAAAAUAUGAUGGACCCUUUCAUGCUUGCUCCCGGCAGACAAGGAGUUAACCAAAUUCUCCCAGCUGGUAAUCCUCUCAUUCCUUCUCAACAUAUACAGAGGUUUGGUGGUUUUGGUUUAGGAGGAAUGCUUGAUCCUAUGGCUAUGAUGAGCAAUGAAAUGAUGCGCAAUCCGAAUUGCCAAGUUUUCUCACACUCCAGUACUACUACUUUCGAUGGAUAUGGUAGACCUCAAGUAGUUGAGCGAACUAUGAGAUCUAAUGGUGAUACAAGAGAGGAAAGACGACGAUAUUGUGAUGGCGAACGGGAAGAAACUGCAGUUCAGCAGAGUAUCGGAGACCGAACUCACAUUGUGGAGAAAAAAAGAGACAGAGAUGGAAAAAUUAGAAGGCAGCAAAAGUUGAUUAAUUUAGACGAAUCGAAUGUUGACGAUUUUAACAAGGAGUUUUCAUAUCGAUCUCAAAGACCUAAGAUAGUGAAGCAGGGUGGUUCUCGCAGUCAACCACUCCAAUCCAUCGGAUAUGGUCAGCCAACUUUCUCUGAGAGCGAACGUGUUGAGAGAAUCCCAAUAAUUACAUUACCGGAGGAAGAUGAAGCUCCAUCGCACUCGGAUAGACAGCCUGCUAACUAUGGACCAGUUAUAAGAGAGAUUACUGAUGAGGAAGGCCCAGAAGUUUCCUCAUAUCCAAAAAGACGAAGGGAUGAUUGA